AGACGAGCAUUACUUCUGGGAACACAGGCAGAAAUAGGCUACAUAGCAGGUUGAAUGGAGUUGACUACAUUUCCCGUCAGCCCCGUGGUGAGCGUCAAUUUUCCCUUUUCAGCAGGGUUUUCUUGGUCCGCAGCUGGAUCAGCUGGUUGGACGCUCCGCUGUGCGGCAGUCACUUUUUGGGGGGCGAAAAAGAACAUUUGGUAGUUUUUAUUGGACUUUUUCACCGGAAACGCUGGAUUUGGCUCCUGAUUUUCACACAGUUUUCAUAUUUAAUUUCUUUCUUUUUAUUUAUAUGAUUUUAGCUGUAAGUGUCGAUAAAUUGGAUUUAAGUAUUUUAUGAUUUGAAAAGUUAUAUUUGAUAGUCUCCUGGUAGUGAAUGGCCUGGAGCUGUGCGAGCUCAGCAGCAUCAGACUGUGGGUUUAGUUGGACUGAGGCUCCUGUGCCAACGCCUUUCCCCCCCUCUCUCUCUCGGCUUCGCCCUGCGUUGGGGAACUUCAGCUCACGCCGAGCUCAGAGCUCGUUGGACGGUGUUUUCAACUUAUGAGCUGCUGAAACCACAGUCCGUCGCCUAAGAAUUAGUUUGAAGGAAAAAAAAUGGGGUGCACGAUCAGCGCCGAGGACAAAGCUGCGGUGGAGAGGAGUAAAAUGAUUGAUAAAAACCUGCGAGAAGACAGAGACAAAUCCUCCAAAGAAGUGAAACUACUUUUACUCGGUGCUGGAGAAUCUGGGAAAAGCACAAUAGUUAAGCAGAUGAAGAUCAUUCAUGAAGAUGGCUACUCAGAAGAGGAGUGCAAGCAGUACAAAGUGGUCGUGUACAGCAACACCAUCCAGUCCAUCAUGGCCAUCAUCAGGGCAAUGGGCCAGUUGAAGAUAGAUUUCGGAGACGAGGCGCGAGCGGAUGACGCUCGCCAGCUGUUUGCCCUGGCGAGUUCAGCAGAUGAAGGGGUGAUGUCCGCAGAGCUGACCAGCGUGAUCCAGAGGCUGUGGAGCGAUGCUGGAGUUCAGGCCUGCUUCGAUCGAUCUCGAGAGUACCAGCUCAACGACUCGGCUGCAUACUACCUGAACGAAAUGGAGAGAAUCUGCCAGACAGAUUACAUCCCAACUCAGCAGGAUGUUUUGCGCACACGUGUGAAGACCACCGGGAUCGUUGAAACUCACUUCACGUUCAAAGAACUCAACUUCAAGAUGUUUGAUGUUGGAGGUCAGCGCUCAGAGAGAAAGAAGUGGAUCCAUUGUUUUGAGGGAGUCACUGCAAUCAUUUUCUGUGUGGCCCUCAGUGACUAUGACCUCGUCUUGGCUGAGGAUGAGGAAAUGAACCGGAUGCAUGAGAGCAUGAAGCUUUUCGACUCCAUCUGCAACAACAAGUGGUUCACCCGCACCUCCAUCAUCCUUUUCCUGAAUAAGAAAGACUUGUUUGAAGAGAAGAUCACCAGAAGUCCCCUUACUAUCUGCUACCCCGAGUACACUGGUGAGAGCACAUACAAAGAGACAGCAGAUUAUAUCCAGUGCCAGUUCGAAGACUUGAAUAAACGAAAGGACAUCAAGGAUAUCUACACACACCGUACAUGUGCGACAGACACCAAGAAUGUGGAGUUUGUGUUCGACGCAGUAACUGAUGUCAUCAUCAAGAUCAACCUGACGGAGAUUGGGCUCUACUGAAGCUAUGGCUGCCUUUCAGGUUUCAGAACAGUCAGGACUUCUGGGAUCUUUUCUGCAGAGGGAAAAUUCAAAAGUAGGCGUCACUAAGGACUACGCUGCAGGACCUAAACUGCGUUAACUUUGGGACUUGCAACUGUUAUCACAUUUGUCUUAAUAGAUUUUUAAGAUGUGGCGUGCUCUGAGAGGAUGAAAGUGGGCAAAGCGUGUGAAAUGAUCCCUGUCAUAUUUAAGAUCUUUGCAUCACUCAGGCAGGUUAAUAGUUUCGCUGUCAUCUGCACAAGGACCAAAACUGACUGCCUGUUCAUCAGAUCCAUCGUUUCAUUUUGCAGUUUUUAUGGCUAAAAUGUUUAUUCUGUUCACCAUCGUGUUGCGUUUUGUCUUAGCUGUGGCACAUUACGUUACUAAAUAUUUGCAUCUGUUGUAUUUUAUUUUUAAUUUUUACUUUUAGUUAUGGAGAAUUUCCAUUUUUGGGGGGAUGCAUGAAUGACAUAUCUUAUGUAUAGUACAAAGUUUUUUGUGAUUAGUUUGAUGUCAAACAUAAAAUAUAAGCAGUUGGGUCAGGGAUUAGUUAGCUGAAGUCUAAGGAACUCAGUAGCCACAUCCAUAUCUGCAUAGGUGUUUGUCUGUUUGUUUGUUUGUUUGUUUUAUUUUAACAUGAACACAUUGUACUGAACAUCUUUAUUGAAAUCAGUGAGUGAAGGGAUUUGAUUUUGAUGUGCUGUUUUGUUUUUCAUUGAUCUUGCAAUAUAAAUAUUAUGUAGCCUUUAAAAGGUCGAUGUGCCGUCUUGUGAAUACUAGUAAAGAAAUAUAAAAACUAAACUGAAACUGGGAUAAUAGUUUGAUGAAGGCAUUUAGAUGCACACAGUACAUGAAGACUGAAUACUUAGGAAGACUGCUGCUGUAUAUUCUGCAGUAGAGCACAGUCCUGCACAGCCUGGUCCCAAAAGCAAAGUUCAUCAAAGGUUAUUACUGAUUGGCCACAUGAUUAAAACCACUGAAGGUAAAGUGAUGACAUUUUCUGGUAAAACCCUGGAUCCUAGGAUUCAUAUAGAUGCUAUGUCAACAUGUAUCGCCUACCUAAAAACAUUGCUGCAGACCAAGGAUCAAGGAAGUAGCCUCCCUCCAGCGUGCACCACCUAAAUUAUCCUUUGAACCUCCAAACGUCUUAGAAGUUCACAACAAUAAGACUGAUUCAAAAAGGACCCACCCUGCAGUCUACAGGACCCAAAGAACACCAUAAUACAUCUGCAGAUGUCUUAUGUCCAGUGUGUCAGAGCUGUAUAUUGUUAGGCAGGUGUCCGAUGGACGUAUAGCUCACUUGAAAUCUGAGCAGUUGUACUGGCCCUGUUUUAACCUCAUAGCUCAAAGCUGUCUGACUGUUCUUCUGGUUUAAAACAAAAUAACAGGCAACACUAACCAGAUGCUAUCCACUGUAAACCAUAUAGUCAUAUUCUCACCGAAACAGAGCAGAGACUGAGGUCAUUCAGGUUGGAAACAGUAUUUUUAGACUUCGGCGACACAUCUGUAUGUUUGGAGCUGAGGGUCAGUGUGUUCCAGCUGCUGCACACACAAAACAGCUCAAAUUGUCUUUCUCUGCUGUCUCUGCUUGAGAGUAAAACCAUGAAAUAAACUCAAAUGAGAUGCAAGCUACGAGUCAACAUGACAGCACACAGGAAAAGACUCUUUGAGACAAAAUGUGCAAUUUUUUAUGUUCAGUUUGCAGGAUAUAGGUUGUGACAUUCUAAAACUUCAUGUUGUCAGCAGGUAACAUCAGACUAAAGCCAACAAUGUGUUGGUCCAUCGCUCCACUUGUGUUUACUGCCUAAAGCACUCAGCCUCAUUUGUUCCAACCAGAGCUGUUAAUCUUUAAAGAAAAUUGAGAAUCGGUUAUAUUUUUUAAGAAGGCUUUGCGAUGACUCACUCGUGUGUUUUUAAUAGUUAAUUUUGUUUUUUUGCUUUAUAGAUGAACAUCACUUUGAUCUUUUCCUUGGCUUUAGUGACAAUGACAUACAGAUGAGGACAGAAUUAUUACCCCCCCCCCCCCCGAGCAAGGAAAUUUUUAACACAGUUUCCAAUACAGCUGCAGAUGUUUAUUAUUUUACUUUGCACACAGAAACAAAAUUAUUUCACACAAACCAAAAACUACCAGAGUCUAAAUUAUAAUCUUUCUCUAGGUUGUUCUUAGCAUGCUACAGUCUUACUUGAAAGUGUCUCUUCUGCAGAAGUAGAAUUGUUUUUGGUCUGCAGCCUUACAAGCCUCACAUGCAGUGCAUUCCUGUGGAGAGCUCUAGUGAUUGUCUUAGUUGAGACUACAAUUCCCAACUUGACUAAAUCAUUCAUGAGUGUGUUGACGGUUGUUCUGGGGUCUUUAGACACAUUCCUCACUAGUUUUCUUUCCAGAGUCUUUGAAAUCUUUUGCUUCCUACCUCUGCCAGGCUUGUUCUGUUUUGGGUGCCACUCUCUGAAUUUCUUCAUGAUUCUUGACACUUGGAAACUCUGCAAUAACUUUGCAUGUCCAUCUCCUGCUUUGUGAACAUCAACAAUUCUUUUUCUCAAGUCUAAGCUGAUUUCUUUUGUUUUUCCAUGAUGUUUUCCAAGUGACAGCAAAAACUCUUGCUGAAGUUUUUAUACUGUGUAUAAACUGGACAAUAAUCUUCAGUUUUAACUUGAUUUUACAGGCUAAUAAUAUUGAACCUGGUAUUUUUUUUUCUAAAAUAAUUGUGUUAUUGUGUGAAAAUAGACCUAAUUCAUGCUUUCAUGUUUAGAAAUGCUAUGUUGAAAAUCCCUUGCUCUGUUAAAAAAAAAGAACUUUUGACAAAACCUUUUAAUUUCAUAGGGAGGAUAAUAAUGUGAUAUUUAUCUGUAACAAUCUGUUGGCAUUCUCCGGCUGUUUGAACAGAAUCAUACUCUCCAUUGAUUUGGAAAUGCUAAUAUAUCAUGAGAGACAAAAAGGAAGCAAUCCCGCUCACUCAAGUCAAACCAUAGCUCCUCUUUUAAGCUCCAGAUAUUGUUUACACUGUGUUUUGCCCUUGCUUGCUGUCAUGCCUCGUGUAUCCGUCCCUGCACAAUCUUAGAGCGAAUCUCACCCAGCAGAUUAAUUACCGCUUUAAUUUGUUUUGCUCUCUCAAUAGGGUUAUUGUUAAUGAACUUCCCUACGCUGCCAUUUCCCCUUUGACUGGAUUAGGGAAAUUAUAUAACAGCAGCAUUGUCCCUACAA